UCUAAAAUAUAAAUAUCAAAAUUAUUGUGACUAUUAGCCGUAAUUAUUUUAAAAAGUAUUUGUGAUUUGUGCGUGUAUUCAACUAUUUAGUGAAGUGUUUAUCCACUUCACAACAAUCGUAAAUAAAUGUUGGCAGCAUGAAAUAUUGAGCUAUUCCAACCCAAUGAUGUUGCUGUAGUUAGUAGUAGUAAUAUUUUAUGCUGUCAAGCUAAUGCAACUCCCAAUGACAUAUCUAAGCACUUGCAUCUUUCGCUGUGGGUUCCUGCUAGCCAAGCUGCAUCAAUAUGAGAAUGGUCAAAAUAUUUUUUAGUGCCACAAUUUAAUUAAAGCUUAAAAAAUGGCCACAACUUCCGAAGGCAAUAUCAAUUGUGAAUAAUAAAUGCGCAAAAUUGCGGAAAAUAAUAAAUAAAACAGAAGCCAAUAUCGAAAACAAAAAGUUAUAAAAAAUAUUAUUGUUGUAACGUAAUAAAAGGACAAUUAAUAAAAUGGGCUUACGCGCUAAACCUGUCAACACGAAUAGCAGAAACGGCGCCGGCGUUACCAAUAAUACCCAUAAUUUUUUGAAGGGUAAAGCUAAUAGCGGCAAUUGUUGCAAUCCCAAUGAGAAAUGCUUGAACGCAAGCAGUGUUGGUGGUAAAUUAAAAAAAAAGAGCCUAAAUGCUGAAGUACUUAAUUCAGCGACGAAAACAGCAACGGCGGCAAUGACAGUCGUGUCAACGACGGCAGGAGCAAAAGAUGACAACGAGCAAAUGUGCACUAAAGUGGUACUAAAUAAUGACAGCUGUUGGUCAGCGAGCAACAACUUCACCACCUCCACUACCAGCAUUAAAGUUAGAGCAACGUUUCGCAGUAGUUCAACCUCAGCGAUAAUUACACCAACGCAACCAACCUACAUGCGUCCACAAACUUUGAAUGUGCAUAAUCCACGCGAAAUGCCAUCAGAGCACACGCAAUUAUUUUUUGGGGAAGUACUGAAUGCAUGGCGUGCCAAAGCGCGUUGCAAUGUUGUGCCCGUAGAACGAACUUUGGAGCUCUUCCACGAGUUAAGCUUUCAUCCAAAUGACAAGCAAAUAAGCGAAAUGCUGCAGACAGCCAAAAUGUUGGCACGAAAAAGUAGUCGUCAGUCAAAUGGCUUAACUUUCGGAGAAUUUUGCGUACUAGCAGCUGACUUAAAACGUUUUCGAACUGCAUCAUCAAUCUGCAGCAAAGUGAGUUUACUAAGUUCUCUUCAAAAUGAUGACAACGAUGUUACAGCUUAUGACACCGACACCAAUUGCAGCAUUGCAGACGCUAAAAUAGGUGCAGAACUACGUAGUUCGAAAUCACUUAGUAAUGUUAAAGACUGCACAACUACGACAACAACGUCAUCAAUCCAACCUAAGGACGCAUCAAUGCCAGUUGAAGUAUUUUUGGGUGGUUCAUGUAAUCCUACCACCUGGCGAGCCGAUGUGGCUAUUCCAACACUGAAAAAGUUAGGCAUUUCAUUCUAUAAUCCCCAAGUUUCUGAUUGGACGCCUGAUCUCAUUGAACUGGAGCACCGCGCUAAAGAAAAAGCGAGAGUUUUAUUUUUUGUUAUGGAUUCAGAGACACGCGCAUCUGCUGGUGCCAUAGAGGCGGCACAUAUAGCGGGUCAAAACUGCAAGCAGCUAGUGUUAGUGCUACAUCCGUACAAACCGAAUCAAAAUAUUCUUGAUGAGCACAUAUCUCAACAGGAAUAUAUUGACUUAGUUCGGAAUCAAUUGAUAUUAAAAGAAUUGGUGACCAGACGUGGCUUAUCAGUACUUGAUAAUAUACCAUUAGGACUGCAGCGGACCAAAGACAUUUUGGCCGGCAUUAGAGAUCCACCCUCGAAUAUAGCUUCAAUUUUAGUUGUAGUGCGCGGUGCUUUUGAUCGCAUUAAUCCAGUAAAUGAUUUUAUAUCUUUUGAACAGUGUCAACGUGCUCUCUCAUAUUUAGGUUAUGCUCAAAGUCUACUUAAUACAAGCAGCUUAAGCAAAAUCAUUGCAUCUCAGCGAGAAUUUCUCGAUUCAUUGCAAAAACGUAGUACAAAACAGUGUGCUCAAAGCAACACAAAUCUUCACAAUAGUAACAGUACCUUAUCGUCCUCAUUUCUGUCUUCUUCCCAAUCUUCUGACUCAGCGUCAAGUGCUGCAUAUAUGGCUCAAACAAGUAAUAUAGAUUUCGAUCUAUUCUGCGUUAUAUCGGCUUAUCUGUCAGUACUGCAACAAGAAAUACACGAAAGCGGUUGUAUAUCUCCAAUUAAGGGUACCAAUGUGCCACCACCUCCGGUUUAUUUAACGAAUAUGCAAGGUGAUGAAGGUUUUCCCAUUGGAUAUUUUGUCAGUAAAAAUAUUUCUCGCACCUCCAGUAACACCAGCGUACCAAAUAAUGACGAACGUCAGAGCCUUAAUGACAUACUAAGUCGUAGCCGAGACAGUGGUACGUCAUCACCACAACCAUUGGAACCUCUUAAGUCAAAAUCUGCUGUACAUUUAGGUAACAAAAACACACAAAUACAUGUCAAUGUAAAAUCAAUUGAAACAAUCAAAUUAACCCCAACUUCAACAAACACAUCUGAUUUCACACUUACACGUUCGCAAACAAAUUCAGUGCUCAGCAAUGAAAUCAAUGCCGUUGAAGAGGAAAGUGACUCCAACGAUUCGGUGUUUUCAUCUUGCAGUUCCAUUAAUUCCAUCAACUGCAGCUACAGUGAUACAAUUAACAGCGUUGAAAUGCGGGAUGUCUACUUAGGCGGCAGCUGCUUUUUACGCACUAAGUGGCGGCAAGAUAUAGCCAUGCCAUAUCUGAAGUCGAAGGGUGUAACUUUUCAUUUACCUGCUUUGCAUGAAAGUAUACAACAAACACAACUAGAUUUGCCUGAUAAAGUAUUUGAGGACACACGUUCUGUCGGUUCUCAGGAACGUACUUUCAAACGCAUAAAACAAAAAUGUCAAAUCGCUCAAAUCGAAGAAGAAGUGUUAAUGCACUCUGAGGAAUCUUAUAGUUGGUUAUUGCCACCAGUGCGGCCGAAUCUCUAUAAUCCCUCACUACUAGACUCGAGUACAGUACUACUCUUCGUAAUUACAAAUGAAACACGUUCUCUUGCCCCAAUGACUUUAGCGGCACAUUGUAUUGGCCUCAUGUACAAUGUCGUAUUGGCCGUACAAAUGUUACCCGAUGAUUGUGUGAUAAGUAAUGAAAAGUUAACCCCUGUUGCUAUUAAGGACUACAACCGUGGUCGUUCGUAUUUGAUUGAUUUAGCUAAAAGACAAGGUGUACCUGUUUUUAACGAUAUUAAAGCAGCUUUGGAAUGUGCAGUUGAAAAAGUUAGAGCCUGCACCUCAAGAACGUCUAGAUGCGAGUGACUCCGGAUUCUUUAAACAUUUUAUCAACACAUACUCUCCUUUUAUGUACCCAUACACGUCCAAUGAGCAAAAAAGUGACUAUAUUUCUACUAUUAUUAUUUAUUAAAACAUUUAACUUGAAACCUUAAACUAAAACUAUUACAUAUUGCAAAUUAAUUUUAAUACUUAAUUUUACACAAAAUGUUACGAAAAUUUAUGUCCAUAAAUAAGCCUAUUUUGUGGUGUGUCCCCUAGUAUGUUUUGUUUAUU